AUGAAAGAUAGCGGAGCCAAGAGAGGCCGAGGAAUGGGAGAAGGUGAAAGAGGCAUACAGGGCAACCCCAACGCUAAUUACGUGAGGCUAGGCGAUGCCAAUGGUGCGAGUAGGAGCAAAGUGGCUGAUGACGACCAUGGCUGCAGCAUCUUUGGUGAUGCAGGCGAUGAUGUUGGUUAUGUAAGCGAGGCAAGAGGCGAGGCUAGGCUACGAGACGUUUUGAAGGCACUGGGCAUCACAAGUGCGUUGGGCUACGAUUUAGGCUACGUCUUUGCUAGUGGCAGUGCCAAUGAUAGAGGAGGCGACGUGGGGAGUCUGAGCAGGAAUAGUUUUGGUGACGUCCUUGCUGGUGGUGGCGCCAAAGGAGGGGGUGGUCUGGUUAACACCCUGGGUAUAAGAGACGCUAGGAAAUGCUACGGUGGGCGAGGCCUUGGUCCAGGAUGCAUAGGCAAUGCCACUGCUGGGCAAACGAGUGGCGCUGUUGUUGGCUGUGAGGGUGACGCCGCCACUAGCUGGUGCGAAGGGGAGUUAGGCAAUGUCAGUGGUUCCAGAGCUAGCUGCUGGGCAUAG